AUGUGGAUGAUGGGUUAUAACGAGAGUGGGCAUGCUGAUUUCAACAUGCCUGAUUCUUUCAACGGUCGGAAGCUUCGGCCUCUCAUUCCACGGCCACUCGUGCCAUCUGCUAACAACGCCACUUCUUCAGUCACUGCUGCAACUCCUCCUUGUUUAAACCGAAUUCAUGGCGUCUCUCAUGAUUUCUUCACUCAGUAUCACCAUCUCGCCGCUAUGGCUGAACAAAACAAGAGAUCAGAGUUCAUCAACACACCGCAAGUGGUGGUGAGCUCAAGAUGGAACCCAACUCCGGAGCAGUUGAGGGCUCUGGAAGAAUUGUACAGACGAGGGACUCGAACCCCGUCGGCUGAGCAAAUUCAGCACAUCACAGCGCAGCUUCGAAAAUAUGGAAAGAUAGAGGGGAAGAAUGUGUUCUAUUGGUUCCAAAAUCAUAAGGCCAGAGAAAGACAGAAACGUCGCCGUCAGAUGGAAUCAUCCGUGCCCUCUGUCCAACCAGAUCACGAAAUAUCAUUGUCAUCCACAGAUCAUCAAAAGAAAGAAUCAUUAGGGGCAAGUAGGACAGUGUUUGAAGUUGAACGGACCAAGAACUGGGCACCCUCUACAAACUGCAGUACUACUCUUGCAGAGGAAUCUGUUUCAAUACAAAGGGCAGCAAAAGCAGCAGUGGCAGCAACAGAGUGCAGGACGGAUGGAUGGAUCCAAUUCGAUGAAGAAGAAUUGCAGCAAAGAAGAAACUUUGUAGAAAGGAAUGCCACGUGGCAGAUGAUGCAGUUGUCUUGUCCUCCUCCUCCUUCUCCUCUUCCUCCUCAGUACCCUCAUCUUCCCACCCACCUCAUAAUAAACACCCCUACUUGUUCUACUGCUAACUCAAAUAGUACUGAUAAUUUAACAAGCAGCAGGCGAAGCAGGGCAGCAACAGUAAGAACAGUGGACCAAAGGCUCAUUAAGGGUCAUGAUCUCAGCAUCCUUCUAACACCCUACUCAUCAAUAUCAGAAGAAUCUGGUUUUAUUAACUUUAACCACCCAAACCACAACACCAACGUUGAACGGGAUCAUGGCUGUGGGGAAUCUCAAACCCUUCAACUCUUUCCACUUCGAAGUGGCCAUGCCAAUGCCAAUGCCAACCUCGAAAAGGAUCAUGCAGAGCUAUCGGCUAACUUCAGUAGAGCUCAGCCUUACCCUUUUUUUGAGUUUCUUCCCUUAAAGAACUAA